AUGCGCCCUGCCACACGGGAACAGCAGGGCAUCGCCAAGACCCGCACGCGCCACCAACCCUCUGAGACGGGUGCUUUUAUCGUCCCCAUCGUACAGAUGCGGAAACUGAGGCCAAGCGAGGUGCGGUCCCCUAGCCCCAAGGCGCCCAGCCGGGAAGUGGCCGAGUUGGUCCUCGUCUCCUCCCCGGUCCUCACGGUGUCUCCCCCAUAUUCCUACAGCCAGAAGUUGUCAGGCGAAUACUUCAGGUACAAGGGGAUCCCCUUCCCCGUGGGCAUCUACUCCCCCGAGAGCAUCCGCAUGGUCGAGAACGCUGAUGUGCAGGACGACGACAUCUUCAUCAUCACCUACCCCAAGUCAGGGACCAACUGGAUGAUUGAGAUCCUCAGCUUAAUCCUAAAGGACGGGGACCCAUCCUGGAUCCGCUCGGUGCCCAUCUGGAAGCGGGCGCCCUGGUGUGAGACCAUCCUGGGUGCCUUCAGCCUCUCGGACCCGCCCAGACCCCGCCUCAUGAGUUCUCACCUCCCCAUCCAGCUCUUUGCCAAAGCCUUCUUCACCUCCAAGGCCAAGGCGAUCUACAUGGGCCGGAACCCCCGGGACGUGGUGGUCUCGCUGUAUCAUUACUCCAAGAUCGCCAGGCAGUUGAAGGACCCCGGCACACCUGACCAGUUCCUGCAGAACUUUCUCAAAGGCGAAGUGCAGUUUGGCUCCUGGUUCGACCACAUUAAGGGCUGGAUUCGGAUGAAGGGCAAAGAGAACUUCCUGUUCAUCACCUACGAGGAACUGCAGCAGGACCUCCGCAGCUCCCUGCAGGACAUAUGCCAGUUUUUGGGCCGGCCGCUGGGCAAGGAGGCGCUGGACUCUGUCGUGGCACACUCGGCUUUCGGCGCCAUGAAGGCCAACGCCAUGUCCAACUUCACUCUGCUGCCCCCCAGCCUGCUGGACCAACGCCACGGCGCCUUCCUCCGGAAAGGGGUGUGCGGCGACUGGAAGAACCACUUUACGGUGGCACAGAGCGAAGCCUUCGACCGCGUCUACCGGGAGCAGAUGCGGGGGCUGCCCACCUUCCCCUGGGACGACCCCGAGGACGCCAGCCCGGACCCCGAUCCCAGCCCCACCCCAGCCCAGGCCUCCGAGCACCCCCCGGACCUGUGACCUUGAGAAUAAACGCAUCGCUCCUGCCCCGA